AUGGUAAAAGCAUGGCUUCUCAACUUCCUUUCAAAAGAAAUUUCUGCUAGUGUUCCCUUUUGUGAUCUUGCUCAAGAUAUAUGGAUAGAUUUAAAGGAGCAAUUUUCUCAAGUUAAUGGUCCUAAGAUGUAUCAUCUUGAACAAGAAAUCCAUAAUCUUGUUCAAGGAAAUACGUCUAUGAAAACCUAUUUUAUAAGGUCGAAAUUGCUAUGGGAUGAGAUGUCGUCUCUUCAGUCUAAUCUCUUUAAGGGAGAUGUUGCUCCAUACCAAUAUCAGAUUCUCUUGAUAGAUCCUUUGCCCACGGUCAACCGCAUCUACAGUUUAAUUCUUCAAGAAGAUUGUCAACAGAACAUCCAAACUACUUCACCCAUUGAUAGGGCUGCAUUAGCUGCAAAAGAACGUUACAAGGCUCUCCUUGUUGCCAAAGGGUACAACCAAAAGGAAAGGAUUGAUUACACUGAAACUUUUGCCCUUGUAGCCAAGAUGGUCACUUCGCACUGUCCUCACCCUUGUUGUUGCCCACAAUUGGCACCUCUUUCAGCUUGA